AACUCGUUCAGCCGGUACCCCUUAAAACCCCCUUCACGGACUGAACCUCUCUGAAUAUCGUUUACGGAGAGCUUCUUUCAGUGCAUUGACAAUGGCGUCUUCAUCUUUGUUUCGGUUCUUUGUGUUUGCUUUUGUUCUAUUUUCUGCUUCUUUCAUUGAGAUCUACGCGGAAGAGGCUGAGGCGAAGGAAUUUGUUCUUACUUUGGACAAUUCUAACUUCUCCGAUGUUGUUUCCAAGCAUAACUUCAUCGUCGUUGAGUUCUACGCCCCGUGGUGUGGGCAUUGUAAGAACCUGGCACCAGAGUAUGAAAAAGCUGCCUCUGUUCUGAGCAGUCACGACCCUCCAAUUGUUUUAGCCAAAGUUGAUGCAAAUGAAGAGUCAAACAGAGACCUGGCAAGUCAAUUUGAAAUUAGGGGUUUCCCCACCAUUAAGAUACUCAGAAAUGGGGGCAAAUCAAGUCAAGAUUACAAGGGACCUCGCGAUGCAGAUGGUAUUGUUGACUACUUGAAGAAGCAAAGUGGACCUGCAUCUGCUGAAAUAAAAUCUGCCGAUGAUGCUAGUAAUCUCAUCAAGAAUGUUUUCAUUGUUGGGAUAUUUCCAAAGCUUUCUGGAGAAGAGUUUGAUAACUACAUUGCUUUGGCUGAGAAGUUGCGUUCUGACUAUGAUUUUGGCCACACUUUGGAUGCUAAGCUACUUCCACGUGGAGAAACAUCUGUAUCUGGCCCAGUCGUUAGGCUUUUCAAGCCAUUCGAUGAACAAUUUGUUGAUUUUAAGGAUUUUGAUGCAGCUAAGUUGGAGAAGUUCAUUGAAGAAUCUAGUAUUCCCACAGUAACAGAAUUCAAUAAUGAUCCCAGCAAUCACGUAUACCUUUCCAAGUUCUUCUCCAGUUCUAAUGAUAAGGCUAUGUUUUUUCUGAAUUACACCACUGAGGUCGCUGAUUCUUUGAAAUCCAAGUACCGUGAAGUUGCUGAACAGUACAAAGGAGAGGGAAUAAGUUUCCUAAUUGGAGACAGCCAAUCCAGUCAAGCUGCUCUAAACUAUUUUGGACUCAAGGAAGAUCAAGUGCCUGUCCUUCUUGUUCAAAAAAAUGACAGGUUUAAAUAUGUGAAAUUCAAUGUGGAGCCUGAUCAGAUUGCUCCUUGGGUGAAGGAUUACAAGAACGGCAAUGUGCCACAAUUCAUCAAGUCAGAACCCAUUCCUGAGAGUAACAAUGAACCUGUGAAAGUGGUUGUUGCUGAUAGCCUCAAGGAUGUAGUCUUGAAAUCUGGAAAAAAUGUUUUACUGGAAUUUUAUUCUCCAUGGUGCGGGCACUGCAAAAAACUUGCUCCAACUUUAGAGGAAGUGGCUAUCUCAUAUGAAAGCGAUCCUGAUGUCGUCAUUGCCAAGUUUGAUGCCACGGCAAAUGACAUUGCAGAUGGCGAAUUUGAUGUCCAAGGUUACCCGACUAUAUACUUCAGGUCAGCAAGCGGAAAGCUGGUCGAGUAUAGCGGUGAUAGAUCCAAGGAAGACAUCAUAAAUUUUAUCGAGACAAACCGUGAUAAAACCGCCGAGGCAGAUACAAAACCCAAGGACACAGAGGCAGAUUCAAAGCCCAAGGACUCAAAGCCAGAUUCAGAAGCUAAGGAUGAGCUCUAAAAAUGGAAGUCAGGUUUUUUUUGUUGUUGAUUGAGGCAGACCUGAAGGCCAUCUGCGUAAGGUAGCUGGGCAGCUUUAAGUUGUUGGGCACGUGUUUGGGAGCUGCUGCUAUUCCCAUGGAAGCUGACAAAGUAUUAGCACACAGCAUGUGAUCCCCUUUUCAGUUUUCUCCAAAUGUCACUUUUCCCUUUCUUUUUUCUUUAAUGUUCAAAAUAAACAAUAAUAUGCAACGCAAUCUCUUUGCUUUUGGAGUAGCUUUUAGUUUUAUCCUACCAUAAUAUUUAGCAAUUAUGUGACAAUAUAAACAUCCGAGUAUGUUUAAUUUAUAGGCGGAGUUUAGUGUUUUUGUUUCA